AUGACAGGCGCCGCCGAUGCUGUUCACACAGAGGGAGUGGCUACUGAUGGGAGCUUGGGGUCACCUGCUGUAGAUGAGGGAUUCCCCAGUGGGCCACGCGACCCAUCGGUUUUGACCGGUUUUGCUGAGCAUGUCACACACAACAUCUGGAGUGGACAGUUGGUCUCCCAUGGUAGAAAAGUAGAUAAAAUUGGGAGACCAGCGCCUGAGAUCGAAGGCAUGACUGCUGCCACCGGAUUGAGUCCACUGAUCAGGUGUUCUGUUAUCACCACUGAUCCUGGACUCAUAUCCGCCUUCAUCGAGAGGUGGCAUUGCGAGACUAGCACGUUCCACCUGCCAGUAGGCGAGUUGACGAUCACGCUGGAUGACGUGGCGUCACUCCUACACGUUCCCAUCACUAGCGCGCUGCAUAAGUUUGAGUCGCUGGUUACUUCAGACGCAAUUGGUCUACUGACGAAGCUUCUUGAGGUCAGUCAUAAGGAGGCUACAGCUGAGACCUAA